CGCAAGGCGGCGACUGAAACGUGGGACGGAUUCUUGCGCUCCUACCGAGAGAGUACGGCGAGGACAAGCAUGGGAGACAAUUUGUUUGAAGGCCUGAACAUGGACUUCAACUUUGCAGACACGCUGGUGCCGCCACAAGGAAUGGCGCACAUCACCCCACCGGCGCCGGCGCCCCCAGGCGGAGGACGACACAAACGACACAAAUCGAGCCCAGACGUGCUGGGGCAAUUUUCGUUCGCAUCGUUUGCAGUUGGCGACUGGUGUCUUGCAGCGCCAAUCGAGCACACUCCCAUGCACUACUCACCAGCCACGCAGUCAAUCCCAUUCAUGUCCGAGGCUGUCCCGUGCCAUGCGACUCCCAGCAGCACGACUACAAAUCCCCCGCCAUCGUCACGGGGACUGAGUUUCAUUCAAGAUAUUGACCUCGACGACAUUCUGCAGGACUUUUUGCAUGGCCCAGAACUCGUCCCAUCGGCCACCGUUGUUCCGCCGACGUCGUCGACUCCCAGCAUGCCAAUCUGUGGUUCCAUGCGCAACAGACCGUGGACGGUGCCGCACCCGUCCCAGUUGUUUCACGCGCAUCAACUGCACGAGACCGUGUUGGACCUCAAGCGAAAGUGCCGACAUGAGCGGCACCAAAGCAAUCCGGACGGCCUUUUCUACCACGCGCAGCAAUUGCGACAACUGCAGCAGCAACUGCACUCUCCGCCAGACCAACAACCAGACGCACGCGACCAGCCAUUGCGUUCUUCCCCAACUGCCCCGGUGCUGUCCAAAGCCAAGGAUUCAAGCUCGAUCGAUGAAUUUCCUGCACGCCCUUCCAUUCGGCGGAGGUCCAAGAAGCGCCAUGUCGCCACCGGCCUCUCCGUGGACAUGAGCCACAUCGCACUGGCCUUGCAUGCCGAGUCUUCAUCGUCCGCAAAGGGCAGCGACGACGCCGCGCACGAAUCGAAUCGUAAAUCGUACAAGUGUGGUCGAUGCGGUCAGCCCAAGGUCGGCCACGUCUGCUCCCUCCCCGACCUCCGAAACAAUUGGUCCCAGGCGGACUUGGCCAUCACCCGUGGAAUGAAACCCAUGGACGCGACGUGCAAAGUGAUUGCAAGUCGACGCUACACUGUUGUCCACCCGGACCACACCGACCACUACUUUGCCUAGCCACCUUCGCAUGAUUUGUGAGACUUUUCACAUGAUGUUGGCUAUGAGGAGUCCACGACUCAUGUCGUCGAGAUGCACAAUGUAGCGGUCGGCAUCUUGACCGAACUCAAUCGAUUCGAUUGGACGACGCACUCUCGGUUGCUC